AUGCCGACCAAUAAGACAGAUACACUUCCGUUUGAUAAAAAAAAAGAAGAAAAUUGCAGCAGCUUCUGACACAGCUGGAGUGGGGGGGACUGGAGGCCUGGCUGACGCGAAAGAAAACAACGGGGGGGAAUGGGCGACGUUUGAUUGGGAAAAGGCUGUGGACAAAGUGGCGCGACACCUCAGAGUCAUGGAGGACGGCAGCAGCUACAUCGAGUUUGACGUGCCGGAGUUCAGCAACACGGUCCUGAACCAGCUCAACGAGCUACGCCUGCAGGGUAAGCUGUGUGACAUCAUCGUCCACAUCCAGGGACAGCCGUUCCGAGCGCACAAGGCGGUCCUGGCCGCCAGCUCGCCGUACUUCCGCGACCACUCCGCCCUGGGCACCAUGAGCGGCCUGUCCAUCUCCGUCAUCAAGAGUCCCGAGGUGUUCGAACAGCUGCUGGCCUUCUGCUACACGGGACGCAUGUCGCUGCAGCUCAAGGACGUCAUCAGCUUCUUGACGGCCGCCAGCUUCCUGCAGAUGCAGGCCAUCAUCGACAAGUGCACCCAGAUCCUGGAGGGGAUCCACUCCAAAAUCAGCUUGCCAGCCUCCGGAAGCCCCGGGAAGGACGGCUCCCAGGCCAGCCGCAACGGCGUGAAAGACAGCAGCCUCUUCAUCAACCCCACCCAGAUCUCGCCCCCAUACUUUUCCCGGCACGGCCACGCGGGGAGCCUGGAGACGCGCUCCGAGCUGGCGGGGAAGGCCCCGGGCCGGGGGCGUCAGCCGGAGGAGGGCCAGUCGGACCGCGGCAGCAGCGACGGCGUGUCCGAGCAAGAGGCGCCCAUCGAGGGCGACACAGAGCAGGUGGAGCUCAUCGGGAAGGACGGCCAAGUGACGGACGUUCACGUGAAGCUGGAGAAGACCGACCGGCCAAGCUACUCGGACAGCUCGUCCGCCGGCGACGACGGCUACCACACGGAGCUGGUGGACGGGGAACAGGUUCUGGCAGUCAGCGUGGGCUCUUACGGUCCAGUCAUCCAGUCCACCGGCUACACCUACUCAGGACUGUCGUCUCCCUGCUUCGUCAGUCUCAGCAGCUCCAGCCCCUCCCGCUCCAUGCUCAGCGGCUUCCGGGGAGGGCGCGCAAGGGCCAAGAGGCCAGUGGUCGUGCCGGCUGAGGUGCUGAGUCAGAUCAAGCCCGGGGCGGACGAGGGCGAGCCAGGGCUGGGCUCCUCCGGCCUGGAGAACGACGUCCGGGAGAGGAGCCUGCGUAGCCAGUGGUACCCCUACAACGAGAGGCUGAUCUGCAUCUACUGCGGCAAGUCCUUCAACCAGAAGGGCAGCUUGGACCGCCACAUGCGCCUGCACAUGGGAAUCACCCCUUUCGUCUGCAAGUUCUGCGGGAAGAAAUACACGAGGAAAGACCAGCUGGAGUACCACAUCCGCGGACACACGGACAACAAGCCUUUCCACUGCCAAAUCUGUGGCAAGUGCUUCCCCUUCCAGGGCACCCUAAACCAACACCUGAGGAAGAAGCACCUGGGGGCAUCGGAGGGCAGCAAUCACAUGGACUCUCCAGAGAGGACGGAGGGAAUCUCCGGGCAGAAGGACCCAGAGGACGCCUCGGAGGGGAUGGCGUUCGAGGCACAGUACUCGGAGGAAGCACCGGCCAAUGACAUAGAGGAGGCAUCAAAGUGCAGUCCAGAAGAGGCUCCGGCAUCCAGAUGUGAUUUUUAGGCCCGUCUUUAGGUCGAGCAGGCUUUACGACAUGUUAUUUGAAACCUUUCUGCGGACCAGCUCCCUCAAACUUUCAACCUAACAUUGUGCAUCUGGGGGUUUCUGCCUGUCAGUUUGUUAGUCGUUGAAUGCAAGGCGGGCUUGUUAAAAAUAAUUAUUUUAAAAGGGAAAGGAGUUUCAACUUACUAUUUGAGGGAGGUUCCAAUAAUCAAGACCUCCUUUUUCUCUCUUUUUUAUCUUUACAUGUUUUUAAAAACAUAUUUACACAGUAAUAUAGGCAUGUUGCAAUAAUUGAUAAUGUGAAAGCUCUGGUAAGAUGCUUGUCAUAUCACCUUUUUACCUGACCUGUUUUUGCACAGGUGGCCAAAAGGGGUCACUUACUCACAAGGAAUGAUUUUUCCGUCAGUGCAAAGCUUUCGUGUGACAUAUCCGUACAAUACCUCAUGAUACUACAACUACAUAGUCAUAGCAGGCAGUAUUUUAGCUUUUUAUUCAAUUCCGACGGGUUCUACCUCAUAGCCAAGAACCUACCAGGAACCGAAGGGUUCUCCGUUUGUUGUAGGGUCAGUUUCAUUUGCCAAACCUUGGCAGAACUCUCAACACAAAGCCUUGAUAUUAGGACGUGAAAUAUUCCUUUGUGAUUGUAUGAAUUCUGCUAUGAGUCCAUGUCCUGUGCAUCACGGUCAGGCAGGAAACAGUGAGGAGGAAGAAGGUGCUAUAUUAGGGUGAGGUAGAGAGGUUACCUUCUAUUGAGUAUUGUAAGAGAACAGAAGAGACAUGAUCUGCACUGUCUUUUAUCAACAUCUAGGCCUGCUUUUUGUAAACACACAGCAUCAUACAUUGUCCUCCUCUCAUCACUGGAGAGAAUAUCAAGAUGGCCGAAGUGCGUGUUUAGGGGCUGUCCAUGUAAUGGGUGAUCCUCCUGCAGUCAAGCCAUCUGAAAUGUCUUACAUUCUGGUUUUGUGUUGUUUUUUUUACUCACAAUUCUUUCUUUUUUUUAUACACGUAACAGUUGUUUUUGUCUCGAGAUAAUUGGACAAACAGGUGUAGUUAAACGGUUAAAUUCCCUUUCAUCAGCCUAGCGCUACAGGAGUGAUGCUCUCCAUCUGCAUGUAAUCCAAAUGCCCAGAAUAUGCAAACUGAGAACUUUUUCCUUUUUUUUUUACAUUUUAUUAUUAUUUUUCAGAUCAGCUUCUUUAUUACCAGACAUGGCGGCAGAGCUAGAGAUGUACAGUGAGAAUGCCUUUACUCUCCCAGUCAUUUCUGACGUAUAGUUUUAAAUUAUUUCAGGCCCCGACGAUAAACAAUGGAGAAGGAAAAACAGAAAAAAAAAAAAAGCUUUUGAUCCAAAGUAAUGAGUGCACUUUCUCUAAGUAGCAUAGAGCAGCCUGAUUGGUCACACGUUUCUGUACAGAUUUCUCAGAAAAUAAAACACACUUAUUUUAUUAUUUUCUGUCUUAAAAUGUACACUUCCAAUUUGGAUUCAAUAGUUGGUGAUUAAUCAUUUGGGAAAUGUAGUUAUUUUGUUCUGUGACGGUGUCUGCGAUUUAGGAGCUUUGAUUGGGAUCAUGGAUCUGCCCAUUUUCUUUUUCUGAUUCUGAGCAUGUUGGAAUAGCUAGUGCUGGAGAUGGGCAUCCUGCCAUGUUGUAGACCCAGCUGGAACUACGGAAUACAGUGUAACCUUGGUGAUCGUGACAAUGGUCUAGGACAAACAAGGUCAUUUUGCCAGUUAGUUAGUUUGGCUAAAGUCUUGAUUGCUGUGUUAUCCGAUCACCUGGCCCAAAGGAGCACUUUUUUUAGCAGUUCACGUCUUGCCCCUUUUCCAGCAUCGUGAUGCCUUUCUUUUUUCAUACACGAGUAGUAAUUCUGAAAGUAUUUGCCGUGUUGGAUACAGGUUGUCUUGAAUACUCUGGAUAGGGUCUAAACUCAAAAUAGCCAUCCAUACAAUCGUGCUCUUUUAUGCAACCUGAGUAGUCCUUACUUUUUGUUUAGUCUCAUUCAGAAGAAUAUCUUAGCACUGAGAUUUGGGUUUCAUUUCUCAGUAUGUUGAUUUUCCAACCAUAUAUUGUAUCUGAUCACUGAUAUAGUCUUUUGUUCGGCGAAUUCUCACUAUACAAGUGUCACAUUGUUUUACUGUGUACCCAUUGUCUUGUUGUACCAGUAGCCAUCGAAACUGUCCAGUAUGCAAAGGACUGUUUACCGAUAAUGUGAGCUCAGACAUUCUCCUGGUUUAUUUCUCUAAUUUGAAUGAACAGGACAUAUAUUUCCGUUUUGUUUUUUUGUCUUCAUCAAGCCACCAUAUUUUGACUGUCAUCCUCCAUAGACAUUGACUAGUCAUUGAUCUGUUUCUUUGAGGUGAUUGUGUUGUCACUUCUCUUUUGGUAGUGCACAAAAACUGCAACUUUGCAAGCAGAUUCAUCUCGGUAAAGUCUUGUUAAUUGGAUUUCUAAAAUGUUCUUCACAUCUACAUGAAACAAGGAAAUCAAGCCCCAUGUUGCCCCCAUCUUUAUGCUAUUUUGAGAACUGGUAAUAGCAGCCACUUUAAUGUACAUUAUUGUAAUGGCAGACGAGACCAAAGAGUUAAAUUGAUAUUCAGUCACUUCUGCAAAACUUCUGUCUUCAAAAACUGUAUUGACCAUGAAGUCCUAUAUUAAUUUGGUGACUAAAGGGACACUUUGCACACAUUUGAUGUUGCGUAGAUUCUUUUAUAUUCAAGGUUAAACCUGCUGCUGUCAGUCGAAAGCGGUAAAAUGUUCGAAACAAUGUUUAAAACGAUCAAAUGCCAGUUGACAGUUACCCAGUUAAGCCAUGCGUUGUGCAAUAUAUCUUUUAUUAUUAGGAGAUUUAAUUAAGGCCAAAUUUAGAAUUUGUGUAAAAAAAUAAAAUACAAAAAAGUGAUGGGAAACGUUGUGCCUUGCCACAAGAAUCGACAGUUUUAUCUAAUCCCAUGUUGUAGCACGUGUGUGUGUGCCUGGCCCCUAUUGGAUGAAAGGAGGAUGGAUUAGGGACUUGUUUCCACUCCUUCUAGUACUUUCAUUACCUGUGUGAUGGAUGGGUGUGUUUGUAUCAUGUUAUUCUGUAUGGUGUCCUGCAUAGCAUUGAAUCACAUUCAUAGACCAGGACAUUUGUUUUCAAGUUUGUACAUGCACACCGUGUGUUAUAUGUUGGAACUGAGGAUAAUCUUAAGAAAUGUGUUCAGAGAAGCGACUUAAGCGAUACUCUUUGCAAUAUGGUUCCUUUUGGAUUGGGUUGCAACAUUAAAUGUUUGAAAUCUAAGAAUCAGAAGGUGGCUCACCUGAAUCCAAUAGCAGUAAAAGUAAUUCUAUACACAGGAUGAAUAUAGAUAUUCCAUAGAUUGAACAACUUCCAUCAAUUUAGUUUGAAACAAGCUUUUUUUUUUUUUCUUACUUUCACCUGUUUGCUGUUAUUUUAGCUUCUGUGUUCUGACAAGCGAACCGUGCUGGUCUAAUCGGGAUACAGAUAUAUUGCACGUCUUUCACCCACAUACAUUAAUAGCCCUUGGCUAUUUGUAACUCAAUCAUUAGUCUCCACGGGCAUGCACUUACAAAUGAUCUAAGAUUCCUACCUGUUCCAGAAAGGAGGUAGUAAUCGUCUCUCCUCAGCACAUCCUCAAAUACUCUUAAUAGAAAACUUCUAAUCUUCAAUGGUGCUUUUAGGCAGGUCAGGUUCAAUUUGAUUUUAUAUACAAAUAACUAUACGCGUACAUAUAUAUAUGUUAUGGGGGGUAAAGAAGGGGAUAUUUGUGUAAAAUGCUUUUAUGAACCAUAGUUACUAAUGCAACAAUAUUCACCCACUCACUGAAUCUAAGGCAUACUGCAUUCACUCUUUGUUCAAGACUUCAUAGAACAGGAGCAGGCAGACUCUAGUUGACCAGGAAUAAUCAAGCAAAGUGUUUACAGGAGUAGGACUACUUUUAGAAUUUUUCAGCUCGUCCGAUUACUUUUUUAAACUGACUAAACUUCAGGUAGUUUAUGAACACUGAUAUAGACUUGUCAAAAAAAAUCUUAGUCUUCCAUUGUUUUUUUUCUUUAGAGUUUUUUUCUUCAAUUAUCUCCACUGUGUACAGUAUUAAACAAAAGCAAUAACCUUUUUGAAUGGUGUAUUGGUAUCUGUGCACCUAGGCUAACCCUUGGUCUGUCAUGUCUCAAUCAAAUCGAAUGUCAGGGAGCUGAUUAUCUGAAGUAGGACCACAACAAUUUGAUAUUGAUUUAUUUUUAUAUUUUUUGUGAAACAUUGAAAAAGUUGAGUGAAAUUGCUACUUGGAUCAGACUGGCAUUGCUAAUAAUCUAAGUGUGCGUUUGAAGCCUAUGACUGUCAUUGAGCCACAGCGCGAAGCUGAGUUGGUGAUCAAGACUCAAGGUUCAAGUCCAGAACCUCCGUCAGUUUUAAGGGGACGAUAAGUAAGCUUAGUGGAGGAGCAUUUGACUGCAGAUAAACAAAUCAGGGGAAAUCUUCCCCUACUGUAUACAUCGCUUUGGAUGAAAAGCGUCCGCUAAAUGAAUGCAUUACAAGUCAUAUAAGGGAUUUGGGUCUGCUUCGCCACUGUUAUGGGAAGGUCAAACUGUUCAUGCUGAAACUCUGAGGUCUCCUCUCCACCCUCUAGUGGUGAGGCUGCAGACUGCAGGCCGGGAUCGGGAGGAGCCGGUUAGCGCUGCUCCGAUCAGACAAACAGGCUAACCUGCGCUUCUCUCGUCGUGAAACUCCCUGGUCUCAGACGUCGUGCGGUCUCUUGCUAUCAUUCAUUUGGUGACAAGGCAAAAAAAAAAAAAAAGUAGAACUCAGGGUUUCUAGUAAGUGGUAUCUGAGCAUGGCGCUCCUCUAUGAAACGUGCACUUCUCUUCAGGUGGGACAGCUAGCCCUCACACAGUGGUUCCCAAAACAUUCUGCCUCAAGGCUCUCUCCUGAGCCCAUGUUUUCUGUUCCCUCUCUGCAUGCAUGUGAAAAGCACAGAGUUUCCAGUCCAAGGGCGCAGGGGAGACUAGUAGUUUUACCAUGAACAUGGGUGUCUGCCCAUCUCCUGUUCGUCCUCUCAACACAACCUCACAACCCAACUGUGAACCUCAAAACUCUACUGUUUUGUACAACUAUGAAGUAAUGAAGCUAGCUAGAGCUGAUGCUGUAACUAUGAACUUGCCAUUUAUGAAUUUAUUUUAUAGCAUGAAAAUAUAAGAUAUAUUUAUUCAAAUUAUAUAUUUUACUCAUAAUCAUUCUGUGCUGCUUUAUUUCGGUUCUUAAGCUUGUAAAUUGCUUUUUUAUGAUACAAAGAAAUGUCAAUAAAAAUGCGUUUGUUUGUAAAAUAAAGAUGCUGAUUUGGCAAC